GCCGCGUCCCGCCAGGAAGCGCGCUCGGUGGCCAUGAGCAAGAGGAACCAGGUCUCCUACGUGCGGCCGGCCGAGCCCGCCUUCCUCAGCCGCUUCAAGCGGCAGGUCGGGUAUCGAGAGGGCCCCACGGUGGACACCAAGAGAGAGCAGCUUCCACUUGUGGAUGAUGACAGUGACAAUGGCAGUGACAAGGAAGAUGAGCAGCCUCAAGUGGUGACACUGAAGAAAGGGGACUUGACUGCGGAAGAAGCUAUGAAAAUUAAACAGCAAAUCAAAGAGGCCUUAAAGUCAAAAGAAUCAGAUGAUGAACCAGAACCUGCUGAUGGAAAAAUUAUGUUCAGGAAACCAGCCAAACGUUCAUCAGAGAAGUGUUUGGACUUCAAUGUAAGUUCAAGUAAGAAGAUGAAAGAAGCAAAGAAAACUAAGAGGGAAGCAACUACUUCUAAGAGUACAGCUAAGCAAGUAAAAAACAGCAGUCUUCUCUCAUUUGAUGAUGAGGAAAAUGAUGAUUAGGGGUUGUAUUUUUUUUAUUUUACUUGGCCUUCUAGAGACCUGAAUAACAUUGAGGGCUUUCAUAGAAAUUGAAGCAUGGUAUCUGAGUCUUCUCUUACUUUGUUAUAAUCCAAGUAGAGGAGUAUAGUAUGAAAUUAGCAAGAGCUAAGUCUUUGCAGUUACUUGGAGGUAUUUGUCAUGUCUUUAUUUUAAAAGAGAAUUUAACCAUGUAUGUAAAAGCUAUUUGAGGUCACAAAUGAAUAGCAAAACAUGCCUGUAUAUAUUCAGCUUACAAAUUUUCAAUCAAUUUUAAAAUGUCCUCCAUAACUAAAAUGUAUUUCCUCUAUAUUGAAUAGCCUUAGUUGACAGUUGUGUGAUUUUUAUGUUAUUAUUGACAUUCAAGAGAGACUCUCUUCAUUGCUGUGAAACAGAGACUGAAGUUUUCCGUCUUGGAGCUUAACAAAAGUUUGCACAACUUCUGCAUUUGUGAUUUGCAAGAUUAGCUCUUGCAGAGCCUUGCAGUAAGAGACUGCAGUUGCUAAAGUCAUGUAGUCUUGAUCCUGUCUUUGGUGAUUGCAGUCUAAGAAACAUCAAAUUAAUUUGAAUUGGUUGUGUUAGCAAGGUAUAAAGAUUUUGAUUUUGUUGAUGGUAUCAAAAUAAGCCUAAACUAUUGGAAAUUGUGCACUUUGGUUUUGACACUGAUGAGCUCAGUGGUUUUGUGGUGUUUUGGGGUUUUUUUAAAAGUAUAUUUGUUCCAGUUUGCUACUUAGAUGUUCAUAAUUAUUUGGGAUCUCAGGCAGCUUGUUUUAAAAAAUAUAUUUCAUCUUUAAGCUGUGGAAAAGCAUUAAUUUGGCUUUCUUCAAGUAGGGGGAAAGUUGUAAACAGGGAAUUUAAAUGAAGAAACACCAUAGUUAUGUGCGUCUUGGUUUGACAGUUUCUGGGGCAGACACUCCAGAAUGAGUUACUGCCCCUUUGAGUUUUAACUGAUCCCCUUUUACCAGUAAGCAGAGGUGAAAGCAAGAACUUACAAGUGAGAAAAUAAUAUUUUUCUGAAAAAAUGGAACAGCAACAGGCAGGAUAACAGUAAUCAUCACUAGAUACACAGUGCUGAAUCCCAGGGACUGCUCAGGAGGAAAGAAAACAAGAUGUCAGAGAAACUCCUGCCCAAAAAUACUGGCCUCCACAGAAGACUGCGUGGUUCAGGGGACAAAGACAAGCUGGUGGAGAAACCCCUUUCCCUGGCCAUGUGGUGGAGAGAGAGCAAAGGCAAAAAAAACACUACAGCAUCUGAAACUUUGUGAUUAUAUAAGUCACACUUUCCCAAACAACAACCAACAAGGUACAAGGACAAAACAAAAAGAAACCUGGACUCCGAAACCAGUCAAAUGCUGCUGAUCCAUUUGCUCCACAUCACCCAAUAGCAGCUCCAUCAACAGUGGCAGCUGGAACUGGGCAGUGGCUGGGACUCAUGGAGGAACUUGGCCUCCUCCUCAGCAGAAGAUGACAGGCAGAUGCCUGGGGCAGCCUGGGCUCCACGCCCUCCUGCUGCAGCUGAGCACUGAUGGGUGGCUGGAGUGACUGUAUGGAGCAGGGGCUGUUCUGUUUUGCCCAUUGUGGUGCCAUGGCUGGCUGUCCUGGGUGACAGCAAUGAAAAAGGAAGGAAGGAAAAAAGGUCUGAAAAGAAAGUCCUUCCUGGUCCAGAGACCAAAACAAAGGGGAGCUUCUGCCUCGUGUUGCCUCAGCUUCUCAGUAGCUAGCGGGAAUGAAGGAGAGGCGUGUGUGAAUGUUUUUCUAAUUUUAAAGGGAUCCUGGCAUCUCCUGCCUCCAUGAACCUGGGGCAAGACUCUCCAGUUCUGCUUCUGACCCCCCAGGUCUUAAAGGGAGAGUAACAAUCUCAGGCAAAUGGGCUUAGAAAGAACAUGAUAAUUUCAGCAUCUUUUCUGUAACAGGACAGAAGCAACACUGAGAGUUGAUGGGAUUUGGGAGAACAUGGUAGUGGAAAUGUGAUUUGUGACUUUGAAAUUAUUUGGAUGUAUGGUGUGUUCAGUAACAAUAGGAAACCAGUUCUGCUGCAUGACAGGACAUUUGAAAUUAUUUGGCCUGUAAAGCUUCAUCAAGGAGCAAAUUUCAAGUUGCUGUGUGAAACAGCUGGUUUUAGUCUGUUCAUCUGGUAGUAAAUGAUAAAUUAUGUUUUCUUUUAAGUGGUCCAAAGAUAUUUUAAUAAAAAUUACAGUACAUGAAACAAAUUUUUUUUUUUGCCUCCUGCUAUUGGAGCCUCCUGUACCUGCUGCCUGUCUCCCUACAUACCAGCUUCCUGCAGCAUAACAUCAGAUGCAAGUCUGCACACUGUUUCACACUGUUCGUAUGAGUACAUGUUACCCUGUUUUGAAAAUGAAUAGAUCUGUUGUCCUUUCAGAAAACUGAAACCAGACCUAUAAAUGAAUAUUAAAGUCCUGUUGCACUGGUUGUGAGAGGGGUGCUGUGUGACAACCUGAUUAUUCCCAUGAGGACACGCUACAUUUGUAAAUACAUAAUUUGUCUAUAUUCUCUAUAUAUAAAAAAAGAAAAAAUUCAAAGAUGUACAGAACCAAAUGUUCCCAGGGAUUAGUAUUUCAAUUUAUUUUGUAUACUUUGAACUUGUUAGAAUCCAUUAAAAAUAUAUACAAAUAUAUACCUACACACCCAUGAGUAAUCUCGUAGCAUUCCAGCAAACAAAAUAAAUAUUUGGGCAUAUGUCAACAAUGGAGUAAAUACUCUGACUUGCUGAGAUUCAUCUGAAAGAAUGAAUUAACCAUUGGCUGCUUACCUAAACUUUUCUGGUUCUGUUCAUCAGCAUAGAAAUAUAUUUGCUUACAUUUUUCUUGCACAACCUGGAAGUUCAUGACUUGAGCUGUGAGACAUUUUAGGAGACAGGGCUAUUGAGAUAAAUGCUUGCCAAGGCACAGAGAGCAUUUGGUUUUACCUUAAAAUUAGAGAAACCCUCACAAUAUGGAGUUGAUCUGGCCUGUUCAAAAUAAGAUUGAGAUUAAUUGCAUCUAAACAAAAGUUACCAUUUUUAGUGAAAGAAUUGGGGAACUGCCAGUAAAAGGAGGGUUACCUUAAAGUACUGAGUGCAAUAAUUCUGCUUAUUGAGUGCAGUACUUUUGCUUAAUCAUGCUUCUUGCUCUACAACCUCAUGACAGAUGUCUGGAGUGCAAAUAAAUUGAGUUUACUUGGAAAUAAUGAAUUAAAAGGCAUUUAAUUGUUGUUUAGGCAACACAGCAGGGGAAAGAAAGGUGGUUAUGGAAACUCUGUUUCUUUCCUUUAUUCCAACUGAUUUGUAGUGCUCUGACCAGGAGGAGACCUUUGUAUUCAUUGUAUUUCACUCCCAGUUCACCUAACAAUAACUAAUUGAAUAGAUUUAUUAAGAGAUGUGAGUGAUGCACAAAAGCAUUUUAAUCAGGUAGUCAUGUGAAAAUUCAGUGUUUUUACCAUGACACACCAGGAAAAUCACACACACUAUCAACUCCCCAUGAAACCUGUGAUUAAAGAAAACAAUUACUUGUUCAUUUAGGGGAGAAAUGUGAAACUCUUAAGCAAUCACCUGUCCUAGUGGGCCAUGGGAAAAUAAUAAUCGCAACUUACUUAUAAAGGGGAAACCAAAGUUAAGUACAUGGAAUAUAAGGCUAGAACAGGAAGGGAUGAUUUCCCUGCGUUUUCCUUCUCUUUUGCUCUUGUUUGCCCCCAUUCCCAGUCCUUUCCCCCUCCCGUAGUAGAGAAAUGUAUAUGCAUUUAUUUUCUCAUGGAGUUUGCCCAGUUAAAUGUGAGAGCAGUGCUGGAGAAGCAAGGUGAGAGUAGCUGAGGUUUGUUACCCAAUACAGGAAUCUUGGUCAGAUAUGGCUUGUUACCUCAUAUGGGAAUCUUGUACAGUUUCUAUUAAUAAAAUACUUGAGAUUUCCCAGUUCAUUAAGACUAAAACAUUCAUUGAUGCUGUUAGCUGAGCAGUGAGGUGCAACAAAUCUGGGGAACUGAAAUAGCAUUACAGCAACAGAUGUUUGAGGCUUUUUACGCUGUAAAGAUGCUUGGAUGUCAAUAGGAGAGGUGAGAUGCUCUAUCACCUUAAUUUCUUAUGAAGAACCAGGAUCUUUCUCUAAAUGAAAGGAAUCAAGGUGAAUCUUCAAGAAUGCUGCAUUCUUGAUAGACAGAAUGCACAUGUGGGCAGGUGGCCCAGGAGUUCCUACCUUUGGUUGUAUUUCUGAGAUAAAAGCAAGUUUGUUGUACUGCAAAAGUUCAUGUAAUUGGCCUAAAGAGGAAGGGAUGAAUCCGAAUUCUAUUCUGAUAGGUUUUUUGUCCAGCACUUUUCCUAGAAGUAUCAUUUGGAGGUUCAAAGGCUGUGUUUUGCAGGCACUGAGUGCAAGAAGCCUAUACUUAGCAGUUUUAAUUGCACAUUUUUUAAGUUUCAUCACAGAACUUCAUGUCUUUUUUUGCAGUGCUUCAAUAUAAUCCUGUUAGGAAGCUGCAGAUUUAAAAUGAAGCAGGAAGCAGCAAUGCCAUUGUUUCAGCUGAUUGUUUCCCUUAUGCUGUAGUGUAUUAACUAAGUAAUGCUCCACUUGGCUGUGCAGAGCCAACUGCAUUCUCAAGGACAUCAGGCUUGCCAGCAGAUGAAUCAUUACCCUUUGUGCAGCACAAGAGGUAUGAUGUGCAGCCUCAGCAAGUGUUUGUCCAUUGAAGUUGGUUAAUAACCUAUAGGCCUCUCCUGUGGCAAGAUGCCAUAAAUCAAUCCUUUGUGCAUUCAGUAAACAGAAAGGCCGGUGUAUCAGCUGUCUCUUCAGUAUCAUCCCUUUAUUCCCAUUCCUAGAGCAAAGUGCUAAUCUCCAAAAACAUUUUUCAUGUUGUAGACCUUCCCUUCGACCACACUUCCUUGAGAGCAUUUCACAGGCAGCAGUCACAAAGAUAGCAUUAAAACCAGGGGAGACACACCAUAUGGUUAUAUAUGACUGCAACCUCCUGUAGACUUCCUCAAUAUCUUGAGGACCUAUAAAAUCUCAGAGCCAGCCUCUGGGAAGUAACUUCCUCCUGGGGAAAAUGAA